GAGAAAGCCAGGAUCCUGAAAGUAAGGAUAUAGUCACCAGAAUCUUAGAAGCCAAUAGAGGCAAUGGUGAUAAGAAUGUGAUACGUGAAGCAGUGAAAGACUUUGUUGAUCAGACGUGUAUUCGGUUUAUAGCGCGCACAACAGAAAAGCAGUACCUGAGUAUAAUGCCUGAAAAUGGGUGCUGGUCCUAUUUGGGCAGGACAACAAUGCUAGCGCAGCCAGUGUCCUUGAGUGCAGGGUGUAUGGCCAAAGGAUCCGUUCAGCAUGAGCUCUUUCAUGCUCUGGGCUUCUAUCAUGAGCAGUCGAGAAGUGACCGGGACCAGUAUGUCACUAUCAUGUGGGAUAACAUCGAAGAAGCAUAUAAGAAUGCAUUUGCCAAAGAAGAUACAAAUAAUCUGGACACUACAUAUGACUAUAGUUCAAUCAUGCAUUACCCAAGCUUUGCUUUCACGAAAAAUGGCAACCCAACUGUAUUACCUAUUUUAAAUCCUGAACGCUACAUUGGACAGAGAGUAGGAAUGACCGCCACUGAUAUCAAAAAAGUCAAUCGUCUGUAUCAAUGUGAUAUCUGCAAUAUGGAUUUCAGUGAAAUGUCUGGAAGUUUUGCCUCUAUAAACCAUCCCACAUCUUACUCAAAAAACACACACUGCUGGUAUCGCAUUCGAGUUCCAGACAGCAUGUUUCUUUCUGGUCCCAUUUGA